AUGAAGACGCUCCAAUAUUGUAUCUAUACGUCUCUCUUCGCGGGGAGCUCCCUCGCAGCUCGGGGAGGUCACUGUCCUCCCCUGGGCCCGGUCCUCCCUGCUCCUGUCCACCCCUCCACCCAUUCUUCAGUCAAGUCAGCAGUAGCUGCUAUUCAAGCAAGACUUGAAGAAGAGACGGCUCCCUUUAAUCUGUCUUCCAUAGCAGUUGCCAUAAAAUCAACCUACGAAGAUGACUACCUACUCGAAUUCGCCAGUACGCCUCCAAAGGUUGACCCUCGUGGGGUCGACAAAGUAGACUCCGAUACCGUCUUCCGCUUGGCCAGUCUGUCAAAGGUCUUCCCCGUGCUGGCCUUGUUGAAACUCCACAAGGUUGAUCUUGACGAUGCUGUUACGAAAUACGUUCCUGAGCUUCGCCCUCUGAACAAACAAGCUCGAAAGCAAGAUGCUAUUUGGGCGGUUGACUGGGAUCAAGUCACUAUUGGUGCAUUGGCGUCUCAUAUUGGCGGUAUACCAGCUGACUUGGUAACUGAUGUCGAGCCUUAUGGAGACUGGACGAAACUUGGCUACCCGCCACCUGACCCAUCCAAAAGUCUCAACUGCUCUGGUCUUCUAGGUCUGCCAGAAUGCAGCAAAGAAGACUUCUUUCGCCGUUUCGGCGAGAGGCCUCCUGUGUACGCACCCUAUGCCGUAAACCCCGUUUACUCAAACGUGGGGUUUGCUAUAGUGGGUUGGGUAAUUGAGAAGGUUAGUGGUAUGCUUUCUGGAGACUUCAUCAAGAAAGAAAUAUGGGAUCCUACCGGAAUGAAACACACGUUUGACUCGAAACCCGAUGACUCCUUGGGCUUCAUCCCCGUUGAUGAUGAGUGGUGGAACGCAACCCUUGGCUAUGGUGAUCCUGCCGGAGAAUAUUACUCUUCUCUUAAUGAUAUAAUGGCUUUUGGGGAUAGCAUCCUCACGAGCAAGCUUCUCAGUCCGGCUGAGACAAGAAAGUGGCUAAAGCCUGCUACCAGCACCUCAUCAAGAGGGAUUUUGCUUGGAGAACCCUGGGAAAUAUUCCGUGCCGAUAAUGUCACCAAAGACGGCCGCCUCAUUGAGUUCUACACCAAGGCCGGUGAUAUCACCACGUAUCACUCACUCAUGGUGUUGAUCCCAGACUACAACCUGACCGUCACCCUUUUCAACGCUGGUCCUGAAGUCAGCGGUGGUCUUCUUCAGACCCUCUUCACAGAAAUCGCAAAGGAAUUACUCCCCGCUGUGGAAGAAGCUGGUAAGGACGAAGCCGCCAAGAUUUAUGGCGGUACAUACAGCGAUGACAGGACAAACUCUACUCUUACUCUCUCCGUCGAUGAUGAACCUGGUUUUUCCAUCACGAACUGGACAGUCAGAGGCAUCGAUAUUGCAGGCACAUAUCUCAGUAUUGGGCUACCACCAACCUUUCCAACCCCUCCUGGACAGGUCCGCUUCCGCUUGUACCCUACUGGCCUGCAGAGCGAUACAGAGUCAUCCUGGCGAAUGAUGUUCACUGCUGGGUCAGAAGAGGAUAAUGAGGAAGCAAAUGCGUUAUUGGCGUGGCCUGAUGGGAACUGUAAUACCUGGGCGUCUUUGGACCGCAUUGUGUACCAACUUCUAUCACAUGAUCAUUUUGUGUUUACCGAUUCUGGGAAGGGUAGUGAUAGGACGGUUGAGAAACUUGAACUUGUUGGUUAUAGGGUUGAGUUGCGGAAGGAUGACUGA